UAAGUUGUGGCUAUAGCUUAUACAUGUGCACAACACAUGGGAUGCAUGCACUAUAGUUGUGGAUAAUAUCAUGCAGAACACAUGCAAUCAUGACCUCCAUUUGACAAAUAAUAUCAGUACUGAAUUACAAAGGUUAUGUUGCAACAUGAAUUUAUGGGCUGUGCUGUAGGAUUUACAACUGCAAUGCAAUACCGUAUAGCGAGAAAUGUUCGUGAGGUGCAAAUAUUCGUGUUUUAAGCUCCACCCAGACUUUGUUUGCAUGCAAUUCCUCCUAUAUAUACUAUCGUCUUAACAGAACUCAUCGCACCAACUAUACAAUGACUGUUGCUGUGACUCCCUCUCCACUAGCUACUACAUUAUAUGCCACCUCGACCUCUACAACAACGCUCUCACUCUUUGUCUCCUCUCCUGACAAACACACAUGCACCACUGCGGGCUCUUUAUCUGAAGGAGAGGAGCUUCGACAGACUUAUAGUUUGCCUGAUCGAAUGAUCUGGAGCCAACGAGAGAGACUCAGUAAUUAAUCCACUCACACUCAGUGAAGAUCAGUGGAAGGUGAAGGGUAUAGUAUCAGUAAACAAAAUUAUGUUCUGAGCUUCAUUGUGUAUAGCGGGUAAUUUUCUGGAGGCAAAAUAUUCGUGGUUAAGAAAUAUUUAGUCAGUUUGUGAUUUUAUUUUCAUGAUUGCUGCAGGCAAAGGUAGUCAAGGUUGUCGCUUCAUUCGUGGUAAAAUAUUCGUGGUCCAGUGUUCAACCAUGCACGAACACCACGAAUAUUCCCCCCUUGAAAUUACGAGCUAUAUACGGUACACUGAUGUACUUCUCCAUACAGGAUGGCCUCAAGCUGCUGGUUCUGGUGGCUGACUUUGACCCUAAUGUGAGAAACAGGUGCAUGAAUGUGUUAGCUGCCGAUUGGGACCCUCUGGUUACCAGUAACGAGUUCCUGCCCCCUCAGCUUGUGAGGGAGUGGGGUGUGCGGAUGUGAUCCUCUGUCCCAGUGCUUGUGUGAGGAAGGACGGACACACAAAGAGUGAGUUUUGUACAGUUGUAUUGAUUUGAAACUGGAGUUCAUUUUCGACAGAAUGCUUUCGUGUAACAAUCCUAUAGACUUUUGUUCACUCUACCUAAUUGAGUGAAUGGUAUUACCUAAUGUGGAUAGUCGUAGUAUUGUUAGAAAAUUUAAUAAAACAACCUCGAAUCAUACCCUAGAUUGUGCCUCAGUAAGGGCGUGGCUCACUUAAUGGCUCACUUAUAUUGGCUUAGUUGUUGGCUCAGUUAUUGUCCUGGCUUGCGGGCAAUACUGGCACGGAUACCGCUCCAUAAAGAACCAUUCUUGAUAACCCCCUCUAAUGAGUCUUUUCCUAUUAAAACUGGGAUAAACUCCCACGCACCGAUAUUUCACAUGCAAAGCUAUUAGUCGGUGUGGUUUCCGGGCAUUGAACCGCGAAUAUUAGAACCCACGAAAAUGUCUGCUGAGGGCUCUGGAGCCAAAUAGCGAAAAUGUGCACCCGCAAAAAUUUCCCGCUAUAAUAUGGUACUGCAUGCACGGGCAACCACAGAGGAAACAACUGCAUGCACAGGCAACCACAGAGGAAACAACAGCACUAUCUACGCAGGGGGUACAACUCAGGCUAUGCAGGGGACGACUAGCCAACCACGACUCAGGCCGUGCAGGGGUACCAGCGUAGCCGUUGGCCAGUCGGGGUGAAUUAAGCUCAAAGGAAAAUAGAGGACUGUGGUCAUGUAAUGGUAGUAAGACUAUAAUCCAAAGUGAUCAUCAAAGGGCAUCCUUACUGUGUGUGUACUGUGCUAACUUGUUACUCCCCCUGCAGUUAGUGGAGGUGCAGCAGACAAUGACAUACCAUGUCAGAACAAUGUGGUGUAUGGUGUGUGUGUGAGAUGAACACAGUUCAACCUCAAACCAACACCCUCCCUACUGGUCCACCUCCCUCCUCUCUACAAUAGCAUGAGUAUGAUUACCCCCGUGUGAUAUAUCACGUGCGAGAGUGUGGCCGAGAAUGAUGAGAAACUUGUGAUAAAAGUAAAUGUUAGCUAUGCAACUGUUACCGAGCGUGCAUGAGGAUGGAUUGGGAAAAUCUAUAAUGAUGUAGGCAAUGACUUUGUAUAAAUGUAUUGCCCCUAAAGCAAUUACUAUAAGAUUGCUCUUGAUAUCUGCUAACUCGUAGUUUAAGUGAUUUGGGGGACUUAGUCUAUUGGUCAUGUGGCUAUAGGGCCUAGGGGUAAUUAUUAUAAUUGAUUAUGGAAUCAAAGGCUGCAUGUCAUGAAUGAACAUCCUGUAUGAAGACAUAUAAUUUAUAUCUUUGAGUGACUUCUCUCCUUGUGAGGUUGCAAGCAGCACUAUAGACUCUAUAAUGCAUCAUGCGAAAUGAAGGUGGCAGGAUGCAUGCGUUCAAAACUAUAGCUAUAAUAAAGAUCUCAUCAAGAUAGCUGUUAACAUCUCAAACAAGAUAUAGACUCUAGUUGCUGGCUAUUAAACUAUUACAUGCUGCUGAGAAUGAGAGUCCUUGUAUUGUGUAUGAGCUGCCUGUGUCUAUGGCUGGGGAAGCUCAGUGUACUGGUGUCUGCAGACUAUGUGGUGCAAGUGGAGCUGGUCUCCUACAGUCAUCCAUCCAACACACGCUCUGAUGGUCAAUGUUGUGAUUCAACCAACAAUGGUGUAUCAUGUAUGGGACAGGACCGCUGUGACACCUACUUCAUCUACUGCCUGAUGCCACGUACCAGUACUGCUACAGGGUGUCCCAAUAUAGUUACUGAUCCCGGAUUUACUGUAGUUAGUAACUUGAUUAAUGAUGGGGAUAACAUUGAUUCCUUACAACCUCGUAUAUUCAAUCUGACUGGAAUAACGACAGCCUGGGAGGGAGCUCAGUUUUACAUACAAGUGCUGGAUUAUGAUAAUGGACCAGUUGAUGUUAUUGUAAGAUAUCGAUUUGAUCUAAGUCUUUCAGUUGGAUUGACUAACACAUUAAUGAGUACAUCAAAUACCGGGCCUUCUAUCACUCUGAGAGCUACUGUGUUAUGUGCUCCACUCUACUCUGGAAACAGUUGUGACAUCUUCAAUCACUGUGAGUCCAGAUCCAAUGCUGUCACAUGCAAUGAACGAGGAACGUGUAUCAAUGGAUUUACUAGUUUCACUUGCAACUGUAACCCUCCCUAUAUCGGUGCAAACUGUGAGCGUCAAAACUUUUGCUUUGACAGAAAUUGCAAUGGGAGAGGAACGUGUACAAACGGCCUUGAUUCCUACACUUGUGUAUGCAAUGCUGGCUACACUGGUGCUGAUUGUGAGGAUGAUAUUGAUGAGUGCUUGCUAAUGGAGAGGGUGUGCAGUGGUCACGGCAACUGCUCUCAAGGAAUAGCAACCUUCACCUGCUCAUGUGAUCCUGGGUACACUGGACAGAGAUGUGAGACUGACAUUGAUGAUUGUAGGAACUGCAAUGGAAAUGCGUUGCGUGGUGCUCUAGGGGAUCUGAUAGGAGGAAUGGUGGGAGGUCUCCUAGUGCUGAUGCUGAUACUCCUGCUCCUGAUAGUGGUCGUGGUGGUGUGUGUGCGGAGGAGAGCUCAGGGGAAGACCAUUCAAGACACUCAAUUUCAAGGAGACAAUCCAGUGCAUGGGAUUCCUAAGAGCAGGACUAACAGAACAAACACCAUCACUUCAGAAACAGCUGAGUUUGACAACCCUAUAUAUGGCAGCCAGGAAUCACUCAACGAUGCAGAAUUCGUCAAUCCAAUUUAUGGAAAUGCAGAUUUCGAGGACAUACCUUAUGAACUGUCCCCUGACACUAUGACACUUGUAGUACCUACAUGUGUAUGACAAUGCAUAAUUAUAUAUAAAUUGAGCUGUACAUCCAGUUUCUAG